AUGGAAGUGCAGCGUAAGAGAAGCUUCAACACGAAAAUCACGAAUCACGAUUUUCGCAAAGAAUACAAAGGAUCUGCACUCGAGCGCAAAUUCAGCAAUGAGAAGCCGGUGGGUGCAUUGCGCGCGAUCGCCGAAUGGAUUUCACGCAAGGCGACGACGACUACGAGAAAAACGAAAAUCGCGAUUCGCGACGAGCCGUCGAGAUUCGAUACAAUCCCCAAUGAAAUUGUUUUCGCGAUUUUGAAAAACGUCAACGCCGAUCAGACGACGAUGAGAGCGUGCCGUCGGGUCUCGAAGCGAUUUGAAGCGUGUGUCAACGCGGUGGCGACGGUUGACGUCAAUGUGCUAUCGAGACUUGUCAUAACUGGUCUCGCCAAGAAAGGAAUCGAGAUGCGAUGGGUUAGCUAUGUUGGCCAGAAGAGCAAUGCGACGACGGUCAGUUGGCCGGUAAUCCGAUCUGGAGCCGAUUUUGCGUUUAGCUUCAAACGAUUCUCUAUUCAAAGAAUUAUUUUAAAGGACUUGCUCCUUUCCGAUGAGAUCAUCGACUUCCUCCGCCGUCAGCUUCAGUUCAGCGAUUUGACGAAGCUUAUUCAGCUCUCGCUGAAAAAUGUUGACUUCUCGGCGGCGAACUCGCUCACUCUUCACAAACUUCUCGCGCCGAUGGCCAAGACGCUCGAGAUCUUCGAAGUUUGUCAGCCGAUUGGAAUGCGUCCCGACAGCGUCACCGAUCAUCAUCUCGCGCAACUCGACGCGAUGACGAUUCGACGAAUCUCGAUCGACGGCGUCAAGUUUGCCGGCGGCGCGUCGAGGCAGCUGAAAAUCGGCGACGCGUCGCUGAAGCGAUUCGCCGAGCUCGGCGCGUUCCCGACGAUGGUGCUCGAUCGAUGCGCGGUUACCACGCAGGUCGUUUGCGAUUACACGAAAAACUGGUUCGAUCAGUGCAACGAGUCGGAGAAGCAAGUGCGAAGUCAAGUGUGCACCGUCAAACGAUGUCCCAAAGUGAAAGGAUCUCAAUUCGAGGCCGAAUGCCGCCGACGAGGGCUUCGAUGCAAAAACCGACGAGGAAGCGGUUCGCUGACGUUGUACAAUGUGCAGGAAGAGAACACGAAGCGCGAAUUCACAAUCGCCCUAGCCGCGUUGGAAGACAAAACUGAAAAGCUCAAACAAUGCGCCGAUCUCUGCGUCUAA